CGUCUUCCUGUUUUCUCACUCCGUUUUUCUGCUGGCUGCUCUCAGGACACUGCUUUCAUCCGGAAAACUUUCUUCCUAAAGCCUUGGGCUUUUACACUCUCUACCUUCAUCCCAUUAUCUUUACUCUCUUUAAACUUCAGUAUUUCUCUUUCUGUUCUGUGUAUAUCUAUUCAUAUUUUCAUUUUUUCCUUCCUUUCUUCCCAUCCCGUUUUUUUAUGCACACGAGGAAACUCGAUACACAACACAUCAAUUAUACACAAAAGCUGACUCUAACAGAAAAGGCUUCUGAUAUGGCUCUUACCACAUAGUUUACACACACUUGAGAAUUUCACAAAAAUUUGGAAAUGAUGCUUCAGUAAUAACAGACAUCAGUAGGUUUCAGACAGUUAGAAACUACAUGAAACUAAAACACAUGCACACCAAAGAGCCACACAUAUACCAUAACACAAAAACCGUAUAGAUGCAAAAAUAUAGAGAGUUAUAGCGGACAGUUAAAAAAUACGUACUUUGCCAAAUAAAGAAGCCGACACAAUUAUACAGAUAUGCAGUGACUCAACUAUAGAGAGAGACAGAAUACAGCACAUUUAUAGGCUUUAUUCAUACACUUAAAGAGCUGCACAGGACUAAGCAGUGUCCUUUAUUCACAAACAUGUGAGUGACACAGACAGAACACAGAAACACUAGUGCAAAUGCUCAUAGGUUAAAACAUACCGAGGAUACAGUCUGUGCUAGGACAAUGUAUCCUACUCGUAUCAUCUCCUCCCUUUGUCUUUUCUUUCUCUGGUUAGGGAUAUUCUCUUGCCACAUCACCCCCUCUGGAACCCGAGAACGUUUCAAGGUGGUGUUUGCCCCAUUGGUAUGUAAAAGAACAUGUCAAAAAGGCUACUGCCAUGAUGUAUGCAAACCAGGAAGCAACAUGACGCUGAUAGCAGAAAAUGGGGGAUCAGCAGACACCCUAACAGGUUCUGGAUUCCGAGUUGUGGUGUGCCCACUGCCAUGCAUUAAUGGUGGGCAAUGUUCUUCAAACAAUCAUUGCCUCUGCCCCCCAGACUUCACUGGCCGAUUUUGUCAGUUGCCAGCAGCUGGUGGAGGGGGCACUGCGAGAAAUACAGGUGAGGCAACUGAAGCCGAGGGUGCGGAGCCAUCAUCGGGGAAGCACGCUGUCUAUGCUGUUCAGGUGAUUGCAGGAGAAGAUGAAGCAGAUGGCAGAGAAACAAAGAUUAGCCAGUCAGCUCUUACAGUACCACUGGCACCUGGGCAUACAUCCUCAGAAGUCCCGGUUCUACCCCCUUUCCUAAACGUUCGAGUUCAUCACCCUCCCAAUGCCUCUAUUCAAGUUCAUCGCAUCGAUGGGCUUGGGUCUGAAGGUUCAACAGGAGGAGGAGCACCUCAUCUCAUUGCACAUCCAGAGGGAAGCAAAGCUAUACCUUCUCGGCCCCUCACUUACAAACCUUUGGGGCGCUGUUUUCAGGAUACCCUUCCCAAGCAAGAUUGCAGCACCAACCCUCUACCUGGACUUACCAAAGAGGAGGACUGCUGUGGCAGUGUAGGGACGUCAUGGGGACAGCACAAAUGUCAUAAAUGUCCACAGUUGUCAUAUUCUGGAACCCAUAAAACAGCCCCAUUUCGUGGGGAACAUGGAUCUAACUGCCCUCAGGGAUAUAAAAGGCUGAAUAGCACGCACUGUCAAGAUAUAAAUGAGUGCGUCAUGCAAGGAGUAUGUCAAAAUGGGGAAUGUUUAAAUACACAAGGCAGCUUUCGAUGUACAUGCAAACAUGGCUAUAUCUUUAUCUCCUCGCAAAUGCACUGUGCACCUGAGAAGCCGGAAGUUAAGGGUCUGUGUUACAGGCUGGUUGGUACUGACGGACAAUGUCAACAUCCACUGUCUACAAGGCUGACCCGACAGCUGUGCUGCUGUAGUGUGGGAAAGGCAUGGGGGUCUCAGUGUGAGCCAUGCCCUGCAGAUGGGACAGCAUCUUUUAGUGAGAUCUGUCCAGCUGGAAAAGGUUACCAUGUGCUGAUGUCUCACCAAACACUCACAAUCCAAGCUCACAGUGAUUUUACACUGCAUCUACAUCCAGAGGGUGGGGAAAAUCAGCCUCUAGUUCCAAGGGUCCCCGACGUGGUUGCACCUCCAAAGAUUACAGAGCCGGAUUCCAGUGAUGGGGAUGUGACUGCUCCUGUGCUCCCAGCAUACAGCACACACUCAGAGGAAGAGUCUGUUGAUUUUGCACCAGUCAUUACCACAACACAAGGAAUCUCAUUUCCAGAAGUGGCCCUAAAACCCACUGUUGUUGCUGUUAAGAAUAUACCUCCUGAGUAUUACAAUCGGAGUGCUGUUGAGAUUGCUGUGACGAAGGGAACAGAGACCGACGAAUGUAAACUGACAAGGGAUCUUUGCGGUUUUGGAGAGUGUAUCUCAACCCCUUCAGGAUACUACUGCAGUUGUUAUCCUGGGUAUCAGCCACAUCCUGAGAGAAAGCAUUGUAUUGAUAUUAAUGAGUGUGACAAAAAUCCAUGUGGCCCUGGUCGGGGUGUUUGCCUAAACACAGGUGGCUCCUUUAACUGCCGCUGCCACCUUGGCUACAGACUACAGGUGGCAAAUGAACUGCGAUCUUGUGUGGAUGUUAAUGAGUGUCUCCGAACUGGAGUUUGUGGAGACUCUCGCAGCUGUUUCAAUUUCCCAGGAUCUUAUAAAUGUGAGUGUCAGCUUGGAUAUAAACAGAGGACCACAAGGCCGCUGGUAUGUGAAGAUAUCGAUGAGUGUUUGUCACGGCAGCCGUGUGUUGGGGGAAAGUGUAUUAAUAUCCCUGGCUCAUUUCGGUGCGUAUGCCCACCAGGUUACAAAUUACACAACCAACACAUAUGUAAAGAUAUAGAUGAAUGCCUGCUCAACCCAGACUUAUGUUCCCCUCAUGGCACUUGUGAAAAUGUGGAUGGGUCAUACAUGUGCAUAUGUGACACUGGAUACACACCUAGUGAGGACCGCAAGAGAUGUGAGGAGGUUGUGCGUAGCUUGGAUCGCAGAGACUGCUUUUUGAGUUUGGACGACUCGCUAUUCUGUGACAGUGUACUUGCUGUCAAUGUAACUCGUGAGCAGUGCUGUUGCUCUCUGGGGGCAGGAUGGGGUGACCACUGUGAGAUCUACCCAUGCCCUGUACAUAAUUCAGCUGAAUUCUCUACACUCUGUCCAGACGGAAUAGGAUUUAUAAUUGAUCUUGACAUCAUGACUUAUGGUUCCCCAACAUACAGAGAUAUUGAUGAGUGCCAGCUGUUUGGACAGGAAAUCUGCAAGGAGGGAAUGUGCGUGAAUACAAAGCCCAGCUAUGAAUGCUACUGCAAACAUGGAUAUUACUAUGACAAUCGGUUGCUACAGUGCAUGGAUGUGGAUGAGUGUGUAGAUGAGUCAAACUGCAUUAAUGGUCGAUGCAUGAAUACUCGGGGCUCCUUCUACUGUCACUGCCCACAGCAUACUCAGUAUCAUCCGGAACUCAAGCAAUGUCUAUCUAACGCUGAACUUGAUGUUGAUGAGUGUCGAGAUCCAGGAUUGUGUCGUAAUGGGCGUUGUGUAAAUACCCAUGGAUCAUUCCACUGCGAAUGUACUCAUCCUUGGACUUUGGAUCCCCUUGGCAGACACUGUAAUCCUCCAGAGAUGCAAUCAGAUCGUGAGGCUCAGGAUAUUUGUUGGCGAAUGCGAGGUACAGAUGGAAUCUGUUCCCAGUCCAUGCCUGGUCCCCAGUUGUCACUGGCUGAGUGUUGCUGUCGACAAGGGCAGGGAUGGGGUUUGAGUUGUCAUUCCUGCCCGCCAAGACAUGCUCUGCAAUGUUCAGCCUCUCAUAGUGAGGCUAAUUCUUUCUGGGAAUCAAGUGCACUUCAUAUAAAGAAAUACAGACGAGAUCAUGACAGCUCAGAGGAAGGGUCAGAUGAGUGUCCCUGUGUGAAUGGUCACUGUAGAAGAGGGCCUUAUGGUGUCUCUUGUGAGUGUCCAGUGGGCUUUCAGCUGGAUAUAACCCGAACCCGCUGCCUUGAUUUAGAUGAAUGCAGGCAGAAAAAUCCAAGAGGAUCACUCUGCAAGAACAGCCGCUGUAUAAAUACAAUGGGAUCAUUCCGCUGUGUGUGCAAACCAGGAUACACUCGUUUCCCCAACCACCAUAUUUGCAUCCCUCAGAGGAAAUGAUAACUGCAUUUUCAAAGUCAAUAUAGCUCAAAUUUGAACAGAUGCUCAUAAAAGUAGGCAUAGUGUCAAAAGAAUGGGCACGAGGCAUAGAAAAGGAGAAAAAUGGAGGAGGGGCAACCUUCUGAAGAAAAGAGAAAAGAGGUCAAUCAAAUAAACAAAGCGUGAACUAAGAAACAGAAAGCAAGAAUAAAAAUAACGAGUAUAAUAUUAAAUGAAAAAAUCGAAAGGAGAUGUGUCUUCUGUAAAUAUCUCCUACGAUGUUUAGUCUGAUGUAUAGGACUAUGGCAAAACAGCCCAAAAUGCUGACAAUCUAUUUUUAGAAUCCUCUGUAUAUUUAUAGACAAUCUUUUUAGCCUGCACACUUUCAAUGUAAAGACAUUUAAUAUACAACUAUAGUUAAAGGAAAUUGCUGAAAUAACAAAAGAACAUGGAACCACUGUGUGUGUAUAUUAAGAAUUGCUGUAACCCAUAGCUCUGCACUUAUCAGUAUGUACUGUAUGUCUUCAUACAUACAUGCAUGUACCUAUACACAUACUUUUGUGCUGCUCCAUCAUAUCCUCCUAAGUUUAGAAUUUAUAUACAUAAAAAUAUUGUCUUUACAAAAUAUAUUCAUUAUAUUUAUUAUUGUAUAUUGUUGCACUCCCUGUUACUCUUAUUGAAAUGUUUAUAGAUUUA